CAGUUGCUUUUUUACGCCAAACGGCGCCGUUUCACUUUGGCGGGUGAAAGCGUCGUGGCUGAUUUGGGGGAAUCAUGCCGAUGAAGAAGCUCUAGGUAUAGAAUACUAGAAGUUCACUGCUUGCUUUCUAAACAUUUCGAAGAUUUCUCGAAAUUCGCGUACAUUUAGCAAGAGAGGAGUUGUUUAUGCCCUGCUAAUGUUGUGAUCAUCGUAUCUAUGCUGAGAAAGGCUGUAUUUUCCUUAAAGUGAUGGCGCCCAGGACUCGGAAACCAGUAGCGAAAAGAAGAUCGAAUCAUGUAUCGCGAGAUGAGGGUGGAGUGGAGGAACACGGGCAAGAACAAAACGAGCAAGAACCGGAGUUGGAAGUCAGUCAACAACCGAUUCAAAAGCGAGUGAUGACUCGUAGUACUCAAAGUGCAACUGCUAGUCGUACUGCUCGUUCUGGGAUUCUAGAUAAGCUGCAAAUGAUGGGCAAUCAGCAGCAACUGGAGCCACAAGUCUUUCCACAAGCUUCUAUGGAGAAAGUGACAGGUCCUAGAACUCGGGGAGCAACUGGAAACCAAAGUGGGUAUCACAGGUUCGAAGAAUUGGAUCAAAUGGAUGGAGAUGGGCAACUCCAAAAUGAAGAAGAACACCGAAACCAAGAAACGGCUCCCAGGUCCCAAAGAUCAACUGUAAGUAGAAGACUAAAUCAUGAUUAUCUGGAAGAGGAUGAAAUGGAUGAAUAUGGACAGCAAGACAACGAGCAGUAUACAAACUUGGAAGUCACUGAUGCACUUAAAAAUGCGUUUCAGAUCUUGAUGGCUUCUGGUUCUCAAAGAGCGACUACCAAUCAAAACCAUGGUGCUUUUCAAGAGAAUCAUCAAAGACGGGAGAACGGGAAUUGGAAAAAUAGGCGACAAAUGCGGCCACCAAUCAGUGAACAAGCUUCUGUCAUGACUCCUACAACUAGGAAGGCAACUGGAAGUCACCUUGAGUAUCACAGAUUACAAGAUGAGAUCCAAAUGGAAGUAGAUGGACAGCACCAAUAUGAAGAACAACCAGACUUGCAAAUGACUCGGCAAGUGAUGACUUCCAGUACCCGAAGAUCAACUGGGAAAAGAAAAAUAAACCAAAGAUUAUUAGAUAGGGAUGAAAUAGAGGAACAUGGGCAGCAAGGAAAUGAACAGCCAAACAUGGAAUACACCCAAGAAGUUGAAAGGGCAUUAAAGAUCUUGAUGGCUCCUAGUACUCGCAAAGCAAUUACAAAUCGAACUUCCCGAUCUGGAUUUCGAGAAAAUAACCUAAUAAAGGAAAAUGGGCAACCAGAGAAUAGGAAACAACUACAGCCGCAAAACGGUCACCAAGCUUCGGUGAUGCCAUCUAGAACUUGGAAGGCAACUACAAACCAAAGUGGGUGUCACAGAUUACGAGACGAGGAUCAAAUCGAAAGGCAUAGAGAACACCAAAAUGAAGAACAAUCAGAGUUUUUAACGACUCAGCUGACUAAGGAUAAACAAGUUAUGACUCGUAGUACCCGAAGACCAACUGCAGGAAGAAGAGUCUUUCAUGAAUUACUCGAUGAGGAUGAAAUAGAGGAACAUAGGCAGCGUGAAAAUAAACAAGCAUCAGAUGUGGAAGUCACUCAAGCGAUUGAAAAUGCAUUGAAGAUCUUGAUGGAACCUAGUACUCGAAGAGCAACCACCAACGAAACUUCUCAUCAUGGAUUUCAAGAUAUCAGUCAAGAAGCUUCUAUUUCUGCAGUGAUGCCUCCGAGAUCUCAGAAUGCGACUAGAAACCAAAGUGGGUUUCACAGAUUAGAAGAUGAGGACCAAAUGGAGGGAGAUGAAGAACAACAAAAUGGAGAGUCACCAGAGAUGCAAAAGGCUCAACAAGCAAAUAAUGAAAAAGGUAUAGUAUUUAGAUAAAGGAGUUGUGAUAAA